AUGGCGUCAGACACAACAAGUCGAAUGUCGAACUGGUCAGACAAAGAAACGACAUUACUGAUAUCUGUAUGGAGAGCAUUGAAUAUUCAAAGAAUGAUAGACAGAUCGUCUAGGGAUGCUAGAGUAUACAUGUAUGCUGUGAUUGCAGAGAAAUCGGCUGAAAAGGGGUUGGACAGGACGUCAUUACAAUGUCAACGGAAAAUCAAAACUUUACAUAUAAAGUACAAAGAAGUGACUGAGCACAACAACACAAGCAGUGGAGAUCCGAAAACUAUACUAUUUUGGGAUGAACAACACGAAAUAUUAGGUGGAAGGCCAGCAUUCAAUCCUCAAACACCUGUGUUUUUACUACAUCCCCCAAGUGACUGUGGUUCCGCCCCAUAG